AUGGCGGACCGCACCGCGGAGACGGGAGCGGCGGUUCCCUCCCGGCGUCGUACCGCCUCCGAGUCCCCCGCAAAGGCGGCCGAGCCGCGGCGGGCGGGCGGCCGCGACGGCAGCGAGUCGAAGCGAAGGGGACACGGUCCGAGAGCCGAGAGCGCCGGGCGGAGGGAAGAGGACGAGAGCGGGGACGGGGCGUGCGGGAGCACGGCGGAAAAGAAGGGGGAGCCGCGGGACGGCGCUUCAGGGGGCGGAGGUCGGCGGCGGGAGCUGCGCGUUGUGCUGCUGGGGCGGAGCGGAGCGGGGCGCAGCGCCACCGGCAACACGUUGCUGGGCGAGGAGCGCUUCGAGUCCCGGCUGGCGUCCCAACCCGUCACCACCACGUGCAAAGACGGCAGGCGGGAUUGGGGCGAGUGGUGCGUGGUGGUCAUGGACACCCCGGCGAUUUUCGGGGGCUCUCAGUGCGACAAGCAGCAUUUGGCCGAGGAGCGCCAGCGCUGCCUCAGAUUCGCUGCCCGUGAGCCCUGCGUACUGCUGCUGGUGACACAGCUGGGCCGUUACACGCGGGAGGACCGGGAGAUGCAGGCUGAUGAGGUGCUGCACAGGGCUGUGAGCAUCGCACUCAGGCAGCGCGAGGGGCGCCAGCGCAAACGGUGGUGGUGGAGUCGGAGCGGUCGGCGCCGCUUCCCGCGGACGAACGGCGCCCGAUCCCAUCGCUGCGUGCUCGCGGUCGCCCUCUCCGUCCCCGUGCAGCCCCGGCUCAGCUCGGCCUCGGCCGGCCCACGCGCAGCAGCGAUGCACAGCGACGAGCCCUUCCGGCAGCCGGAGCCGAAGGGCUGCUGGAUGCGGGACGACAAAGCGCCACCGGAGCUGCGGCUGCUGCUCGUCGGGAAGAGCGGCGGCGGGAGGAGCGCGACGGGGAACAGCAUCCUGGGGCGGGCGGCCUUCGAGUCGCGGCUGUCCACGCGCGCGGUGACGCAGAGGAGCGAGUGGCAGAGCGGCUCGUGGAGGGGUUACCGUUUGCACGUGGUGGACACUCCGGACGCCUUCGACACGCCGGAGCGCAGCGCCCGGUGCCUCCGCGAGGUCGCCCGCUGCGCGCUGCUGUCGGCGCCGGGGCCGCACGCGCUGCUGCUGGUGACGCAGCUGGGCCGCUUCACGCAGGAGGACGAGGCGGCCAUCCGGCAAGUGUGGCGGCUGUUCGGGCGCGGCGCCGCCGAGCGCACCGUCGUGGUCUUCACGCGCGGGGACGAGCUGACGGGCGGCUCCCUGCGGCGGCACGUGGAGGACAUCGGCACCGCCGCGCUGCGGGAGCUGCUGCGCCCGCUACCGGAACGAGCUCUACGACCGCAUGAUGGGCACACCCGUGGGUCCUCUGAUGAUCUGCAUUAUUGCUUAUUACAGCCAAUCUGCUCGCGGGGGCAGCGCCACGGGGCAGAGGCGGUGCUGGUUGGGGCGAUAUCGGAACCAGACGGGGCCGCUGCGUCAGUGCCGCACUUCUCACUGCCGGUCCGACGGCUCGGGCUGACGGGAGGCUGCAGCGUCCGUGCCUGGAGGAGCGCAAAGAAAGGCACAACCACGGCCACUCGACGCAUCCCUGUGCUGCCUGGGGACGGCAGAGGCUCCACAAUGCGGCUGCUGCUGGUCGGGAAGACUGGAGGGGGGCGAAGCGCCACGGGGAACACCAUCCUGGGGCGGUGCGUCUUCGAGUCCAAGCUGUCCACCAGACCGGUGACCCACAGCUGCCAGUCAGCGAUUGUGCACUGGGAUGGAGAGGAAAUCGUGGUGGUCGACACGGCCGACAUCUUCCAUUCGUGGAAUGGCAGCAAUGAGGAGUGCAGGGAAAUCACCCGCUGCAUCGAGCUGUCCUCGCCCGGCCCCCACGUGCUGCUGUUGGUCACCCAGCUGGGCCGCUUCACCCAGGAGGACCAGGAGGCCGUGCGGGGCGUGCAGGACAUCUUUGGAGUCGGUGUGUUCAAGCACAUGGUUGUUGUGUUCACCCGGGGAGAGGAGCUGGUGGGGGGAUCGCUGCGUGACUACGUGACCUACACUGACAACGCGGCUCUGCGCAGGCUGAUCCAGAGCUGCCAGAAUCGGUACUGCGGCAUCAACAACCGGGCUUCCGGGCCACAGCGGGACCAGCAGGUCCAGCAGCUGAUGAAUAUGAUCCGCCAAACCAUGCGGGAGAAUGAGGGAAGGUGGUACAGCAAUGAGUUGUACCUGAAUCCCUAUUUAACAGAAGAGAAAGUGAGGUAUCACAUGGAGAAUGCAGCCAAACCAUGGGGCAGGCUGCUCAACUUGUCAUACAGGGGAGUCCUUUUAAAAUGUGGGAUAGUUCUCAUUGUCAUCGCUUUGAUUGUCAUCGGUGUCCUUAUUUGGUGGGAGAGAUAAUCGGGUGAAUCCCAUAAUGCACAGUCCCCCACUAUCAGAAUCCCAGAACCCUGAAGCACUUGGGGCCGCAGGCACCGCUCCAUCCCCACCCGCCGCCAUCCCCCAGCACCCGCUGCCCAGGGCUGCGUCCCUUUGGCUGUUGCACCUCUGCAGGGACAGAGAGCCCACCGUCAUGCAGGGCCACGAGGGGCUGCAGGGCCAUGAACUGUCGACAAGAAGUGUCCUGUAAGUGUCCCUUGUGUUCCCUGUGGGUUAAUUACACACUAAAACCAACACCCAUCUCUGCGGAAAGGUGAUCAGAAACAGCCAGCUGCUAUCCCCUCCCAAAUGCAGUCUUGGAACCCCUUGUAUGCCUGCCCAAAGAUGUAUCAAAAUACCCAAUUAGAGACUGUAGAGAGAUGUAAUUUUGUAAACUGUCAUGUAAGGAUAACUGCACUUCUGUUUGGGGCUGUGCUUGCUUUGGGAAGGAUCACCAGACACCUGAUUGUGACAGAAAUAAAACAGAGACCUCUGUCUGCA